ACUUCGACCUUCAAAACUGUUGCGCUACGAAGGAAACCUGUAAGGCAAUGCUGUCAACUUUUUGAGCUUCGGUCCCACUAAAUGAGUUCAAACUGACUUCCCUUUGGUUUAAAUAAAGCUAACACGUUAGCCCGGGUAACCUGAAGUUUUAAGUGGGUCGUGGAUAUCCUGGCCCCGUCGCUCUUGUGUUCCGCUGAGGAAGAUGGACGACGAACUGGAGAACUUCAUCAGGGAACGCAAGGCGCGAGUGGCUGAAGAUAAAGCCUGUUUAGAACAGGACCCUCCCUACAUGGAAAUUAGGGCAAAACCCUGCAGAGCCUAUGGGUCCACUGUGAAAGAGAACAUCCCUCCAAGGAUUCCCAACCAGGGAAAGGACGAGAGCUGCAGUGUGGGUCUGCCCCUCGGUGCGGAGUAUGAAAAGAAGAAACACAGGCUGCAGCAUGAGCUUCGUAUGGACUACAGACGCUACAUGGCUCAGAAAAGCCACCUAGACCCUGUGGAUUCUGGGCCUUUAAUCAUUCGUGACAACAGAAGGUCCAUCAAGCAGCUGCAACCUGAGCUCCUGACUGAUGUUUUCAAGCAGCGUGGGCAAAGGGAUGCAGCCGCUCUGACGUGGGACAGAGGGUUGCACAGAGCGCUGCGGCUCGCUGGGGAGGACCAGGAUCCCUUACUGUUUCCUCACAGGCACUCAGACGAGCUGGGGAGUCAAUUGGACUUGGAUUCUGAAGAGGAGGAGGAGCGAUUUAAAGAUCAGCUGGAGAAGACUGGAGCUAGAAGGGGCAGACCUAUUAGAGCUGAGGCCAGUUAUCAGACGGAUCUCUCAGCUGGAACCGAUGGAAGGGAAAAGGGUGAGCAUGGAGCAGGUACUUGGAGCCACAGCAGGAGAUCAAGAGAACUUAGUAAAAACGAGAAUGCUCCCUUUGCCACUGGACUUAUAAUAGGAGCAGCUGAUACAGGUGAGGCUUUGCAGAGGAAGAAAGAACGCUACAGGCAGGAGCUGCAGGAGCAGAUAGCUGAACAGCACCGCAACAAAAAGAGGGAAAAGGAUCUGGAGCUGAAAGUUGCUGCGACAGGAGCAAACGACCCCGAGAAACCGCCAAACCGAAUCAGACAGUUUGGUCUGAGCAGGAGGGACGGUUCUGUAGUUACGGAGCCUUCAGCAUCAGCAGAGAGUGGAUCAUCAUCCAGAACCACAGCCAGUAAUGAGAGAGGUGCUGUUAGAGGGAGGGAAAUGCCUCCUCCUGAGCUGCCACAUGCUGCCUUCCAGUCUCCUCUGCUGGAGUACAGCUCUGCUCUCAGCCUGGGGGAAGGACAUCUGUCUCCCAGCAGUCAGCACUGCGCCCCGUCCAUCCCAAAUACCAUACCUGACAUACACAGAAACCCGGCCUUCCUUCCUCAGCCACCUUCUACAAUAAGGGAAGCUUACAGAAGCCCAUAUGGAGAACCCCAUCAGUACUACGGAACCAGAAAUCUGCUUGACCCAAAUAUGGCCUACUACUGUCCUUUUCCGGUGCCGUAUGCUGGGUUUCCCAUGUCCUACUGGAACGUGCCACCUGGAGGCGCUGUGCCCAGCCAGCUGGGGAACCACAGUCCUCACAACCAGCACAGUGGCUCCAGUUUCCCAGAGCCUCCAUUACGGCCCAACAAUGAAACUGCUGCUGCUGGAUACUUCCCCUCAGAGAGGCCCAGGUCCACCAGGGACAGGGUUCUGAGCUACAGGGAGGCUCUAAAACAACAGGAAGCUUCCAGGACUGGGAGCAACAUUCCUUCCAACAAGAUCCAGGAGCAGCAGGAGCGCAGGCGUCAGGAAAGGGACGAGAGGGAGCACUUUGAGGCCCGGCUGGAGGCUGACAUGAAGAACCAUGAGCCCUGGGGGAGAGGGGGAGGAGGAGCCCCCCUGAGGGACAGCAAGGGCAAUCUCAUUGCUGACCUCAACCAGAUGCACAAGCUAAACGAGGAGGCUUACAGCAACCCGGAGCUGUGGCAGAGGAGAGCCGCGGCUGCCAUGAUGCCCCACCGGGCAGAGCAUCCUCACCCCACUGACAGGAUCACAGAGAGCAGUAGCUAUGACACUGCUGACAGGCUUCCUGGCUUUACUCAUGUUCAAACCCCCCAGUUUGCCCGGGGGAAGGUUUUCGCCAUCCAGCCCAGUGAGCAUCAGCUCCAGGAACAGGACAAGUACAAAGCUUACCUCAAACAGCAGAUUGACGAGAAAAUGCGUAAAAAAGCAGAAGAGAGGGAACAAAUCAGACUGGAGGAGGAGAAGGAGGAGAGGCGACUGGCAGAACAGAGGGCCCGCAUCCAAAGGGAGUACGAGGAGGAGCAGGAGAGGAAGAAACGGAAGGAAAUGGAGCAAAAGGCCAAGAACGAGGAGCUGAUUCAGCUGGCUGAGCAGAGGAGGAAGGAAGCAGAGAGGAAAAAGAAGGAGGCAGACGAAAAGGAGAGUGCAGCACUGAGGAGGCAGUAUGAGAAGGAGAGGCAGAUGAGAGUUGAGGAGGUCUGCAGAGAGCCUUCUCCUCCUAUCCCAACCCUGCAGAGGAAACACGGGCGACGCCAGCAGCCCACCCCAAGGCCCCCCAGUGUCCACAGCCAGAACUCCACAGCUCCCCUGUCUGAGCGAUCAUCAUCAUCAGGUCUUCAGUCACCUCCUGUUCCUGCUCGUAGGAACCAGCUCAGAGCUGCAGGAGACCACCAUGAUGUGUUCAGUGAGUUGUCAGCACUGCGUCGGCAGCUUCGCAGCGAACAGAAACGCCUGGAGAGUGAGCUGCAGCAGGGCAAGUGGGAGGAGCUAGACUCCCCCGUGAACGUCAGAGAUCGUCCAGCGGUGGAUGUGUUCGACAUGGCUCGGCUCAGGCUUCAGGCUCCGGUCCGAAGGCCGAACUCCCAAAACACAGAGCCCAGAAACCUGCUGCGUAUCCACGACUCCCUUCAGCUAAAAUACACAGAUGGAGAGUCGAGGAUGGGAUCUGGUGAGGAUACUAAACUAGAGGAAGAGGGUGUGGUCAGCAGGAGGAGCCGGGACUACAGAGACGCCUAUCAUCACUUCAUCAGCCACAGAUCUGCACUCCAGGAUGAUUAUUAUGACCUGUCUCCACCUGAGCAAAAUGACUAUCUGAGGAGUGUGAGCGGUGCAUCCAGAAGAUCUCUUCUGCUCGAGUCUGAGAGCGCUUUCAUUGACCACCUGGGUGAGGCUUCUCCGGUGCCACCUACUCCAGAGCAUGAGAGGGUCCGUCAGCUGUCCGCCAGGGAGAGGAGGCGACUGGCUAAACAGACACAGCGCCCCCAGGAACGAGCUGCUUCCAAUCAGCCUGUUGUCCCUCAGAGAAACCACCCCGACCCCUCAGGUACCAGGCGGAACCUGGAAGAAGCAGGAUGUGAGCUCAGGAGCCUGAACAGGACAGGUCAGCUGAUGGCUUUCAGUCGUCGAGAACCUAUGGAUGUGUCUGAUGGGGACUCCUCCCCCCCCGAGUUGUCGCCUCUCAGUCUGAACCGUGAGAGCUCAGAGGACACUGUCACCACAGACUCCUGGUUUGGAGCAGGAACAUCGGACACUCUGAAACGUUUGGACCGACCGUCGAGGAGGAAGCGCCUGUCUACAUAGUUUUUCCCAUCAGGGUUCGGAACGUCCCACUUCCUAACCCUGAAAGACGCUCUUAGUUUUUACAUCGUUUUGUUUUAAUUCUGUGCUGUUGAUGGGAUAUGUUCACCUUAGAAUCUAUAUUUAUGAACUCUUACCUGGUCGGAUCAAAGAACUCCAGGUUCUAGACAUUUUUAUUGAAUAAAUUAUGUUUGAAUUAAAUUCUAUUUUUAUAAUAUA